CCUUGCAAUCGCUUCACUUCACGAGAUGGUGGAAUGACAGCCAACACAGGAGAAAGAGAACAAGACAUGUAGUCAGUUUCACUCACAUGUUACCGAUAAAGUGACUGCAGGGUCUGAACUUCACUUGUCUACAGUCAUGAGUUCGUCUGAUGAGGAUUCCCUCCUUGAUGAGCUGAGAGAGUACUUCAGUGAAUCGGAAUGGGCUCGACUGCCCAAAUGGGAGAAGGAAGGCUACAGGAACAUGAAGAGGACCCACCUGUACUUGAUAUCCAUAGGUCAGCGCUGUCCUACUCCAGCGUUCAUGAGCAGGAGGCGUGGGGCCAUCAGUCCACUGGGCACGCCCACAUGGUAUCUGAGUGACUCAGAGGACGGCUGGGAGUCAAGCGAGGAGGAGGAGAGACCGAAGGAGGAGGAGGAGGAGAGAACAACGGAGAAGGAGAGACCAGAGGAGGAGGAUGAAGAGAAGGAGACUCCCAGCGAGGAGAGAACGUCACACGGUCACACACACACACCGAGCUUGGAGAAAAGACCAGAUGAGGAGGAGGAAGAGAGACACAACAUUGAGAGACCAUGGCGAGGACACUCACACACACACAACGUGGAGAGACCACCACUAGAGGAGAUGUCACCCAACUUGGAGAGAGCUCCGCUAGACCACUCACACACACACACUCCAGACACCAGCGACUCAGAAGAUUGGACACCCAUCUCGGAGAGACUGUGGCUGAGUCACACACACACACCCAGCUCAGAGAGACCGUCGUCAGGUCACACACACACAUUCAGCUCGGAGAGACUGUGGUCCGGUCACACACACUCACUCACUACUGACAUCGGCGACUCAGAAGAGUGGACAGCAAGCUUGGAAACAUCACCGCCUGAUCUCACACACUCGCCCGGCACAGAGAGCUCACACACACACACUCCAGACACCAGCGACUCAGAAGAAUGGACACCCAUCUCGGAGAGACCAUGGCAAGCCUCUCUCUCUAUUGGGCCUCCUUCUAGCCUUCCUGAUGAACACACAGCUGGUCCUGUGAGACACACACCGCCUCAGGUGUGCAGCACAGAGUCGGGCAGGGAGAGAGAUGGACUGGAGAGUUUAGAUGGACAGCGAGCCAGAGAGCCAAAUGCCACAGCAAAGACAUCUGCUGUGUUGAAGAGAGAAUGGUUGACGGAGCAGAAAGCCAAGCUGAGAAGCUGCUGGAGGGGAGAUAACCUGCGCCGCAAACCCAGAGUCCGCUACUCCGAGGGGGAACGCAGAGAUGACGAGGACUUCUACUGUGAGCAGUGUGGGUCGUUCUUCGUGGAUGAGUGCUGGAUCCACGGCCCCCCCAUCUUCAUUCCUGACACCCCAACGCCCGUUGGUGUCCCAGACCGGGCCAGAUUCACGGUACCUCCGGGCCUGGAGGUCAGCAAGUCCCACAUCCCCAAUGCAGGACUGGGGGUGUUCAACAACCGGGGCUAUGACAUAGCCAGAGGAACUCACUUUGGACCCUACGAGGGAGAAAUCGCAGACAAGGACCAGGCCAUAGAGAGUGGAUACUCCUGGGUGAUUUCUAAGAGUCAUCAAGAAGACGAGUACAUAGACGCUAACAGACCCACUCACUCCAACUGGAUGAGGUAUGUGAACUGCGCUCGUGGCAGUGAGGAGCAGAAUCUGGUGGCGUUUCAGUACAGAGGAGAGAUUGUGUAUCGCUGCUGUCGACACAUUGGCCAUGGAGAAGAGCUGCUGGUCUGGUAUGGAGACGACUACGCCAGGAAGCUGGAAAACACUUUUGACUUCCUCUGGGACGUCAAGUGCGGCGCCACAGAGGCGUCUGUGGCAUCUCAGGUGUUCUCCUGCUCUCUGUGCCCGUUCUCCUUCACGGCUCAGAUUUACCUGCAAAAACACAUGAAAAGGAGUCACCCAGACAAGUAUGUACGUCUGCUGAGGUCUGGAGAGACCAGAUCAGAGACUCUGUUUCCUUCUCCAGGCAACAGAGGGGGAAACCAUCACACUCAACAGCCCAGUGCACGGGACACUCAACAUUCCACAGUAUGGGAGUUCACACCAGACACACAGCCCUCUCCAGAGCAGCGAAGACCACAAACUCAGACAACGCACCAGCACACACACACCGCAGAGAAGAAGGAGCACUGCACUGACUCUGGCAAGAACUUCAGUCAAGAGCAACACGUAAAAGCACACCAGCAUACUCCCACAGGAGAGAGACCGUAUUACUGCACUCACUGUGGCAAGAGUUUCGCUCAACAGGGAUAUCUAAGAGUACACCAGCGAAUUCACACAGGAGAGAGGCCAUAUCACUGCACUCAGUGUGGCAAGAGAUUCACUCAAAAGGGGUCUUUAAAAUUACACCAGCGCAUUCACACUGGAGAAAGGCCGUAUCACUGCAUUUACUGUAAAAAGAGUUUCACUCUACAGGGAUAUCUAAGAAUACAUCAGCGCAUUCACACAGGAGAGAGGCCAUAUCACUGCAUUCAGUGCAGCAAGAGCUUCAUGAGCGCAGGGCAUUUAAAACAACACCAGCGCAUUCACACAGGAGAGAGGCCGUAUCACUGCACUCAGUGUAACAAGAGUUUCACUCAAGGGGUAUCUUUAAGAUUACACCAGCGCAUUCACACAGCAGAAAGGCUGUAUCACUGCACUCAAUGUAACAACAGUUUCACUCAAGAGAGAUCUUUAAGAUUACACCAGCGCAUUCACACAGGAGAGAGGCUGUAUCACUGCACUCAGUGUAACAAGAGUUUCACUCAAGGGGGAUCUCUAAGAAUACAUCAGCGCAUUCACACAGGAGAGAGGCUGUAUCACUGCACUCAGUGUAACAAGAGUUUCACUCAAGGGGGAUCUCUAAGAAUACAUCAGCGCAUUCACACAGGAGAGCGGCCAUAUCACUGCACUCAGUGUGGCAAGAGCUUCACUAGAAGUAACGAUUUACAACGACACCAUCGCAUACAUAACAGAGACCGUAUCACUGCACUCAGCGUGGCAAGAGUUUCACUAAAAGGAACGAUUAACAACAACACCAGCGCAUACACAACGGAGAGAGACCGUAUCACAGCACUCAGCGUGGCAAGAGUUUUACACUAGAGGGAUCUUUAAAAAUACAUCAGCGCACUCACAGGAGAGAGGCCAUACUCAGUGGGACUGACAUUUCCUCAUGUUUCGUGGUUGUAAGAAAUUUUAGUGCUCUCAAAGUAAAGAGCCCUAAUCACUCUUGCUGAUCAAGACCAGUGUCUUAUUUAGAUGUAGAUUUGCUGAUCAAGACCAGUGUCUUAUUUAGAUGUAGAUGGAAAUGGCAAUUACGAAAACUUUUUUUUACCUUUGUUUUUUUCCCCCAAAUAUAACAAGCCAGUAAUUGGCAAGAAUGUAAUGAAUCUGUUAUUCUGUGUUUUCAGCUACAAUAAGGAAGAUACCGAAUUCCAAAAGUGGACAUGCUAAAAAGUGGCAAUGUCAUGUUAUUUAUGGUUAAAGUUAAAUUUGUUCAAUCAGUUUGUAAUAUUGUAUUCAUUUGCAAUAUUGAUUAACUUGUCUCUGAUCUGAAACUUAAGUAAAUGAUGGAUGUCCGCAACACUGUUAAUGCUCCUUAGUCUUUUUUCAAGUGCAAUGUGAUCUGAAACUUACAUGAACUCAGUUAAAAAUAUAAGUCUUCUGUUCAGUGUUUGAAGCCUUAGGUUGGAGACACUUGGUAUUUAGUGAAUACAAUAAAAAUGCUGUCGUUUUCAAAACAUUAAAUCUGCUAAUAAGAUGGAACAUUGUGCAAAGACAGUAUAUGAGUCACUAAAGCAGAGAAAUGAUAUUGUUGUAAUGAACAUAUGAACUCAUAUACAAUCUCAAACAAUUACCGUAACGAACAACUGUAAGUUAGGACAGGCAGGGUCAGGAAACUGAUUACGGUAAGUACCGGCAUGAUUUUAUACAAACAUAUUUUGUCCUAGACAUUAUUUCAGCAGCUCAACUGGUAGGUGUUUUCUUCAUUGUGUUCCUUUUUGUUAUGCUUAAUAUGUGACGGAUCCGGACGGCUGGCUAGUUACUCUUAUGAUGGAGUUGGAACAUAGUAGAGCAGAGGUGGGGAAACUAUGUCUCGAGGGCCGUUUACGGCUUUCGGAGGACCUUUACGGCCCUUGGAGAAAUUUGAAGUGGCCCCUUGAAUGGAAAAGGUUCCCCACCCCUGUAGAGAAUGCAAUUUGCCAUCAUUACGUGGCAAGACUGUCCUCCAAAAUAUAAUGCCUUGGCAGCUGUGUAUGCUGUGGAGUGCCCUUGAAACCAGAAGUUUACAUGCACUGUAUG